AUGGCUCACCACCCGCCAUCCAUCCCGCAGUCCCAUGUCCUGCCGUACAGUAUGAUGGCGCCACCCGAGGAAAGCCCUCCAUUGUACGCUGCGAGCAGCUAUAUCCCAAGGCAGGACAGCCAGACCACGGUCUCGGACGAAAACCUGGCUCCUGCUAAAAUAAAGAGCGAGACAGCUUCGAAAUCGUUUCCUUGCGGUACCUGCUCGAAAGGGUUUGCACGACGCAGUGACCUUGCCAGACAUGAGCGAAUACACAGCGGGGACAGACCUCACGCCUGCAACCACCCGGGCUGCAACAAGUCUUUCAUUCAACGAUCUGCCUUGACCGUGCACGUCAGAGUCCACACAGGAGAGAAACCACACUUGUGUGGACAUUGUGGGAAGCCAUUCUCGGACUCCAGCUCUCUUGCACGGCACCGACGGAUCCACUCGGGAAAGCGUCCAUAUAGGUGUGAAUAUGCAAAUUGUCAAAAAACUUUCACCAGACGUACCACACUGACGAGGCACCAAACUCAACAUACGGGCACACUGGAGCAAGCAGCCGCAGAGGUGAACGCGAAAUUAGCACCAGCACAGCCUCAGAGUCAGUCCAUUUACGAGUCCACUUCAGGAGGCUCUUCGAGGAACUCCACGGCAUCGCCUGCAGAUCGAACCUUGUCCAUGUCACCGCAUUCAGAGCUUCCACCUCUGACCACUGGCAUGCAACGUCAAGGUUCAGACUAUGGGUUCUUGUCCCAGACCCAUUCCCUUCCCCCUCACAUGCGGUCUGACUUUGGGCAAAACUCCCCCCGUUCGACACCUCCUUUGAAUAGCCAUUCUCUUCAGAACUAUACGAGUGCACCUCAACAGAGGCCUGUCACGUCUCAUCCGCCUGCAUAUGGACCGCCUCAACCUUUGGAGCCUCCUGCCAACGGCACCGCCAGUGGUAGUACGUCCCCUCACUUGGGAGCCCUGGGAUGGGGCUCGCCAGGUGGCGGUACGCUGCCUACACCGUCCUCACUGGAGAAUUACGGUUAUCCGGAUCCCGCCUACGGCGGACAUCCACUCUAUUAUCCCGGAAGUGCUAUUCGGAGACCACAGAGUACUGAGCCAGAGGACUAUGGUCUCCGACCUCGUAACGGUCACAUGUCUCACCACGUACCCCUUCCGCCUGAUUGGACCUCAAUGCCACUGGCAGUCCCGGACAACCGACAGGAACGAUACGUCAUGUAG